GGAAACUUAAGCGGCGAUUGGCUGACGCUGUUUCCGUACACUUACAGGAGAAGGCUGAGUUGCAGAGUCGUUGCACAGUUUGGGAAAAUCCUCUUUGGGACCUAUAAACAUAUUCCUGUCAUAUUUUGUUCACAUCACCUGACAAUAAAAGAAGAUGGCGCAGUGGUGCCAACUCCAGAUGCUGGACUGCAAGUACCUGGAGCAGGUGGACCAGCUGUACGACGACUCGUUCCCCAUGGACAUCCGACAGUACCUGAGCAAGUGGAUCGAGAGCAUCGACUGGGACACGGUGGCGAUACAGGACUCUCUGGCCACCGUUCGCUUCCACGACCUCCUGGCUCAGCUGGACGACCAACACAGCCGCUUCGCCCUGGAGAACAACUUCCUGCUGCAGCACAACAUCCGCAAGAUCAAGAGGAACCUGCAGGAUCGGUUCCAGGAAGAUCCGGUCCACAUGGCCAUGAUCAUCUCCAGGAACCUGAAGGAGGAACAGAAGAUCCUCGCCACUGCCAAGAGCGUAGAGCAGGAGAGGGAGGGGACGGAGUCGGCGAUGGUGGUGGAGAAACAGAAGCUGGACAACAAAGUGAAGGAGAUGAAAGAAAGAGUGCAGGUGGCGGAUCAGAACAUUAAGAACCUUGAAGAUCUGCAGGACGAGUACGACUUCAAAGCCAACACGCUCAAGAGCAGAGAGAACGAAGUGAACGGCAUGACAGCAAAGGAGCUGGAGAAAGAGAAGCUGGUGGUCGGGAGGAUGUGCUUCGAACUGAAAGCCAAACGACAGGUGAGCAGACACAGACGUGUUGAUCCCUGGUAUCUCCUCCUCCUGUGUCUCCUCCUCCCCCUCUUCCUGCAUCUCCUGCAUGUCCUCCUCCUGCUGUUCCUCCCACUCUUCCUGCAUCUCCUCCUCCUCCUCCUCCUCCUCCCCCUCUUCAUCUAUGUUGUUCUCUCCUGCUCCUGCGUCUCCUCCACCUCCUCUUCAUCUGUCAUUUCCCUUUCCUCUUCCUCCUCCUCCGGCAUCUCCUCAUUCUCCUCAUGCUCCUCCUGCGUCUCCUCCUCCUCCCUCAGGUUCACGGCAGUAGCGGAGAGUCUGCAGCAGGUGCGUCAGCACCUGAAGAAGCUGCAGGAGUUGGAGCAGAAGUUCACGUACGACAGCGACCCCAUCACACAGAAGAAGGCCUACCUGGAGGCGCGGGCCCUGGACCUCCUCAAGAACCUCCUCUCCAACUCCCUGGUGGUGGAGAGGCAGCCCUGUAUGCCCACUCACCCUCAGAGGCCUCUGGUGCUGAAGACAGGCGUCCAGUUCACAGUCAAGCUGCGGUUCCUGGUGAAGCUGCACGAGUUUAACUACCAGCUCAAAGUCAAGGCUCUGUUUGACAAAGACGUGACGGAGAAGAAAGGGUUUCGUAAGUUUAACAUUUUAGGCACAAACACCAAAGUCAUGAACAUGGAGGAGUCGAACGGCAGCCUGGCAGCAGAGUUCAGACACUUGCAACUGAAGGAGCAGAAAGUUGCCGGCAACCGAACAAAUGAGGGUCCUCUGAUCGUCACCGAGGAGCUUCACUCGCUCAGCUUCGAGUCGGAGCUGCAGCUCAACCAGUCGGGACUCGACAUCAAACUGGAGGCCAUGUCUCUGCCUGUCGUGGUCAUCUCUAACGUGUGUCAGCUGCCCAGCGGCUGGGCGUCCAUUCUCUGGUACAACAUGCUGACCACUGAGCCCAGGAAUCUGAAGUUCUUCAUCACCCCUCCUGCGGCGAAGUGGUCCCAGCUGUCCGAGGUCCUCAGCUGGCAGUUCUCCUCAGUCACCAAGCGAGGCCUGAACCAGGAGCAGCUCAACAUGCUGGCUGACAAGCUGCUCGGAGCCAAAGCCCAGAGGAACCCAGAGGGUCUGAUCCCCUGGACCAAGUUCUGCAAGCAGCAGAGUGCCAACGAGAAGUCUUUCCCCUUCUGGCUGUGGAUCGAAGGAAUCCUGGAUCUGAUUAAGAGACACCUGCUGUCCCUCUGGAAUGACGGCUCCAUCAUGGGCUUCAUCAGUAAGGAGAGGGAGAAGGGUCUGCUGAGCGACAAGUGUCCGGGUACCUUCCUGCUCCGCUUCAGUGAGAGCAGCAGGGAGGGCGCCAUCACCUUCACCUGGAUCGAACACGACGUCCACGACAAGCCUCUCUACCACUCUGUGGAGCCGUACACUAAGAAGGAGCUGUCCGCCGUCUCGCUGCCCGACAUCAUCCGCACCUACAAGGUGAUGGCCGCCGAGAACAUCCCGGAGAACCCGCUCCGCUUCCUCUACCCCAACAUCCCCAAAGACAAGGCCUUCGGGAAGUACUACCCCAAACCCUCCGAGACUCCAGAGCCCAUGGAUGUGGAGAACGGUCCAGAGAGGACCGGCUACAUGAAGACGGAGCUCAUAUCCGUCUCAGAAGUACAUCCGUCCAGACUGCAGGACAACAUGAUGCCCAUGUCUCCUGACGACUACAAGGUGCUGUCGCAGUACGUCAGUCCCAGAGACAUCGACGCUGUGACCAACAAUCUGAUUGCUGGAUUCGGAGAGUUUGACGUUCAGAUGAGUGCAGAGUUUCAGGAUCAGAACUGAGGGACCGUCUCCGCCUCGCAUUGUGCCGUCCUCUCUUUAUGUAACUCUCAGACUCUGGGGUCAGGAAGCAGGUUCGCAUGUUAAACCUUUGCAGGAAAACUGUAGUUUCUAAGUUGACUUCAGAAAACUAGAUUUAGUUCAGACAAGAUCUGUGAUUUCAUUCUAGUUCAGAUAAGAUCUCUGAUUUCAUUCGUGUACAUAUAUAUUUCUUUCUUAUUCAGUGUGAACUUUAAACUCCUUUAAAUCAACACGAGCUGUAAAGCAGCGUGCACAGUGUGCAUGUCCGUGUCGCUGUGUCGCUGAGGUACUGCGACCACUGUGAGCUGAAACUGUGAUGUUUGCUGUCGCACUUAAACUGAGCUUUUAAUUUAAACAAGUGUCUCGUUACUUUUGGUUUCAGCAAGAGAUGUAACAGUGGACCAUAAUUAAACCACUUUGACUCACA